AUGCGAUCCUUUUCUUCUAUCCUCCUGGCACUUGCUACGGCAACCAGUAUCCUGGCUCUUCCAGACACCCAAGAACAGCCUCAGAUCCCAGAUCUCCCCAACGGUUUCUUUGGGGGCUACAACAACCCGGAUGGAACUUCUACACUCCACUUCCUCGACACGAAUGAGAACAUCACCUUUACACCUACACCCGCUCCUAGUGUUCCGAGCCGUGCCAAGCGCGCAGAGGAGUACGGCUGCUGGGCAGGCACCCUGAACCGAGCCGGAACCGACAGGGCCAUGAACCUCAUGCGAGAGCGAUUGAGCCACACACCCAUCGGCGUUGGACAGUUGAACGAUUGGCCUGCGUACUUCGGAUACAAUGAGAACGGAGUUUACGUGUACGCCUGCGAAAACUCUGGUGGAGCUGGAAACUACUUUUACUUUGAGCGCUCGCACCUGGACCGUAUGUCGAAGAUGAUGGAUGAUCGGUGCGGCGCGUAUGUCCCGGGAUACAUGAUGGAUUGGUGGUGGCUUCCUACCCACCGGGAAUUGUUCGGCAAGGCUUUCAGUGGCACUGCAGUAUGCCAAGGAAACUGGAGGGCCCGUCCUUAG